UUUCCUCUUAAGGAUCUGACUUUAAUGUUUAUAGUUUAUUUUAGCCUAAUUUGAUCCUUGGUUUUUAGGGGUGAAGACUUUUGGGUUUUAGGAGUGAAGACUCUGUAUGAGUUCCUUAGUGUGAGAGAGUGUGUGCUGGCUUUCCCAGAUCCUGGUUGUAGUAGUUAUGUACGUAGUGUGUGAGAAGGUUUACUGUCUCCUAUGGGGUUGGAAUGGCAGGAAUCUCUUUAAGCUUACCUCAUUCUCUCAUGGUGUACUCUUUAUUUAUUUAAUUUUUCCCCAGUAUUUUAUUUACUGAGUUGAUGAUUCAGGCUUCGGACCAGUAGGGGAAGUAUCCCUGGGUAGGCACCAGUUGUAGCUAAAGCAGGUGGGUAGAUGUAAUACCCAAUGGUGGGCAGAGAUCCCAGCCUUGAUGAAAGUGGCUGGGGAGCUCUCAAUUAGAUAUGCUGAGGUUUUGUCAGGGUGAAGGGUAAGAGCUACCUCAGGUCCCCCACAAGGCCAGCUAGAAAACUAUCCACCUCCCCACUUCACUCCUGUCCCAGUGUUCUGGCUAUUCACAUCAGACAGGCAGUUAUUUUCAUCUGUAGAAAUGUUGAUGUUCCAAGUAGAGUGGAAUUGGGACUGCCUGUCAUGCAAGCCUGAAUCUGGGGAGUGCUCCUCCCGUGGGGAUGCAAUCACCCUGAUUUGUCCAGGAAAGCUGUCUGUAGGUGCAUCCAUGCUGCAUUCCUUUGGGAGAAGCCCCAGCUCUGUCUGCAGUGGCGUACCAGGGGGAAAAAGGAUCCCUUCUCUAAGACCCUUCACAAUACCAGAGGCUGCCUGCCUGUUGGGUAGAGGUGCAAACUUUCCCUACUCUGCCCAGCACAGCACGGCAAUUGUGUCUCUGCUAUAGGAAACUUCACACCAGUGAAAAGAUCUGGCACUCAAGACCUGCCGUUCAGAUUAUUUUGUCCCACAGGGUGUUCCCUUGAUGUGAUGUUCUUCCCCUUUCUUUAGGAAUGGGACUUCCUGAGACCAGACUACAGUGCUCUUCUGGGUCUAGCUCCUCAGGGGGCCUACCAGACUCUGGGCUGGUGCUGGGGAAUGUCUGCAAGGGAUCCAGUGAUGUGACCUGUCUUUAAGACUCCCAGCAGUGAACACCAGCACCACCUCUGAUAGACGUGGAAGGGGAGUGAUGUAAACUCUGCAAGAUUCGAAAGGCUUAGCAUGCUGACUUUCUCAAAUGCUGGUUAUAAUUAUAGUGAUGUUAUCACGUGGACGGAUGCAGGACUUCUGGUUAGCCAGGGUGUUGUAAGCAAUGGUGAUAGCUGAGAAUAUGCAGCCGUUUUCUCCUUCCUGGGUGCAGUACUAUUCUGCCUAGAGGUGAGUUUUUUGCCUGUCUCACAGAGUAGGCUGCAGCUGCCACUUCUUUCAAAAGUUUUGUGGAUUCUUUCAGUUUUCCUGUUCAGUUCCUGCAUUCAUUCCUGGAGAAAAAAAAUUUAUAGUGUGAAUCUCUACACACUACUCUGUCCUUCCAAGUGGGAGAGACAUGCGAACGCUACCUCCAAUCUGUUUGUCUUGGGGGGAAAAGAAGCAAUUUGGUUUAAAAAACAAAACAAAAAAAAAAUGGAUUUGCUGGCUUUAGCAACCCAGAGGUCAUUGGGAACCUUGGCGAAAGCUAUUUCAGUGGAGCAGUAGGAAGGAAGCCAGUUGCAGUGUCUUUGUUGAGCAGCAGAGGGGAGGUAAGGAAGUGGAAAGAGCAGCUGUGGUAGCCGAAGGGUGCUAGGACAGAGGGAGCAUGAUAAAGCCAUAAGUAAGGUGUGGUGGAAGGAAAAGAGCCAGGACAGAGGGCAGAGAAAGAGGAUCCUCAAGGACUGGAGAGGCAGUGGGGCCCACAGAGGUGUGGGGAUUCAACAGAAACAGAAGGAGGGACGUUUCUCACUCUGGCCCUGGAAAGAAGGAAGAAACUGCGUGUAAGUUCAGACACGUCCAUUGGCGGGGGCUGGGAUGCCCGCAUCUUCCUUGUUAAAAAAGGAAGUGCAGGUUCAAAACAUUUAGAGACAGAAGGUGGGUAGGCAAAUCUCCACCUUCAGACUGGUAGGCUCCUCCAGAAGCCAUCAGACAGGAAGAUGUGAAAAUCCCCAGCACUCAUCCCAGAAUCACUAAGUGGCACCUCUCCUGGGCCAAAGUCCCAGGACAGACCUCAUUGUUCCUCUGUGGGAACACCUCCCCAGGAGGGCCUCUUGGAUUUCCCCCUUGCAACCCAGGUCAGAAGUUUCAUUGUCAAAGCUGUCUCUUUUUUUUUUUUUUUUUCUUUUCCUGUCUAACAGCUCUGACUACCAUCCAACCUUGAGGCACAGUGAAGACAUCGGUGGCCACUCCAAUAACAGCAGAUUGCAGCUGCCCUCCUGGAGGUGUCCUACAGGUGAAAAGCCCAGCAUCCUGGUCAGGAUUUAAGUUUACCUCAAAAACAGAAGAUAUUAACAUGGAGAGUUUCAAUUUUGAAGAUCUCUGGAAAGGUGAAGAUUUUAGUAAUUACAGUUACAGCUCUGACCUGCCCCCUUCUCUACCAGAUGUCGCCCCAUGUCGACCAGAAUCCCUGGAAAUCAACAAGUAUUUUGUGGUCAUUAUCUAUGCCCUGGUAUUCCUGCUGAGCUUGCUGGGAAACUCCCUCGUGAUGCUGGUCAUCUUACACAGCAGGGUCGGCCGCUCCAUCACUGAUGUCUACCUACUGAACCUGGCCAUGGCCGACCUACUGUUUGCCCUGACCUUGCCCAUCUGGGCUGCCGCCAAGGUGAAUGGCUGGAUUUUUGGCACAUUCCUGUGCAAAGUGGUCUCACUCCUGAAGGAAGUCAACUUCUAUAGUGGCAUCCUGCUACUGGCCUGCAUCAGUGUGGACCGUUACCUGGCCAUUGUCCAUGCCACACGCACACUGACCCAGAAGCGCUACUUGGUCAAGUUCGUAUGUCUCAGCAUCUGGAGUCUAUCCUUGCUCCUGGCCCUGCCUGUCUUACUUUUCCGAAGGACUGUCUACCUGACCUAUAUUAGCCCAGUCUGCUAUGAGGACAUGGGCAACAAUACAGCAAAAUGGCGGAUGGUGUUGCGGAUCCUGCCCCAGACCUUUGGCUUCAUCUUGCCGCUGCUGAUCAUGCUGUUCUGCUAUGGAUUGACCCUGCGCACGCUGUUUAAGGCCCACAUGGGGCAGAAGCACCGGGCCAUGCGGGUCAUCUUUGCUGUCGUCCUCAUCUUCCUACUCUGCUGGCUGCCUUACCACCUGGUCCUGCUGGCAGACACCCUCAUGAGGACCCGGUUGAUCAACGAGACCUGUCAGCGCCGCAACAACAUCGACCAGGCCCUGGAUGCCACCGAGAUUCUGGGCAUCCUUCACAGCUGCCUCAACCCCCUCAUCUACGCCUUCAUUGGCCAGAAGUUUCGCCAUGGACUCCUCAAGAUUCUAGCCACACAUGGCUUGAUCAGCAAGGACUCCCUGCCCAAAGACAGCAGGCCUUCCUUUGUUGGCUCUUCUUCAGGGCACACUUCCACUACUCUCUGAGACGUCCUGCCUAAGUGCAGCCCCGUGGGGUUCCUCCCUUCUCUUCACAGUCACAUUCCAAGCCUCAUGUCCACUGGUUCUUCUUGGUCUCAGUGUCUGUGCAGCCCCCAUUGUGGUCACAGGAAGCAGAGGAGGCCACGUUCUUACUAGUUUCUCUUGCAUGGUUUAAAAAGCCUGCCCUGGUGCCUCACCCCUUGCCAUAAUUACUACAUCACUUGCUGGAGCUCUGUGCAUCCCGUCCCUGAGCCCGUGGCACUCUGUGUUCUAAGAAGUGAAAAUCUACACUCCAGUGAGACAGCUCUGUGUACUCAUUAGGAUGGCUAGUAUCAGAAGAAAGAAAAUCAAGCUGGGCGCUGUGGCUCAGGCCUGUAAUCCCAGCAAUUUGGGAGGCUGAG